UUUCUUGUGCACGGCGAACGGUGGAAAAUUUGUCUUGUCUGCAGACUUGUCACAGACUUCCGGUGUUAACUGAUCGACUCGAUAAUGCCCUAUUACGCGUUCAUGAUGAUUGGUUGGUUCCUAAUAAUCUGCAUAGUGUCCAUUCUGGUUCGAGCCUGCUGUCUUUGCGCCAGGCAUAAGACUCCCAGCGGAAUCACCUCCAGUAAUCGGGGUCCAGGUCGAGGUCCUGGUCCGGGCGAAGAGCCUGCGAAUCGGCAGCCAGGACGCGUUUUGCAGAGCUAUAGAAUCGAUCCAUCGGGCGUAAGCUUGAACACAGAUCGCCAGGGCAAUGUGUUCAGCGUGCCGGAGGAGCCUUCAUCGAACCGCUACGGCGACAUUUUCUUCAUUGAGCCUGGCAGCGUGGAGGCCAAUCGCAUCCGCGACCAGCUGGAGAAGGACGAGAAGGAUCUGCCCAGCUACGACGAGGUGAUGCGCAUGUGCAACCUGACCACGCCCACGGCAGCUGCUGCGGGCACACCUGUUCCACAAUCGCCUCUCGCCGAGGGCGGUCCCAUUGGGAUUGCGGCUCUGCCGGCUCCUCCGUACUCGGAAACGGAUCCGCAUGCAACCGCUGGAGGAUCCACAGUCAUCGCGAUGGAGUCAGUGCAGCCGUCCACCUCCCGGGCCGCACAAAUCCCGCCCAGCUCCAGUUCCGGGCCACCUACUCCUCCUCCAACGACCUCGGUGGUAUGAUCCGCCGAAGGACGAGGAGACGGAACUGAAGCAUUCGCCGUGCCACUCUGGGCCACACAGAUGCCACUUUGUGUGCGCUUUCAGUACGGAAAUGAACUUGUGUGAUCUUAUUGAGUACAUACCUAGUUAAGCGGUAGAGAUUAAGAGUCCCCUUAUGUAAAUAAAUAUUUAUAGAGUCUAGGAUGAAAAUUAAAGAAAGUGAUUCAACAAGA